GAUGCUGUGCCGUGUAAGUCAUACCAGAGAGUGAAUGUGAAGAGUAACAGAUCAGGUUUUCUGGAAGUGAAGCUAUCUGACAUUCAGCGUCUCUGAGAGGUGAAAUGGCACAGCAAGGAAUUCAGAUGGACCAGGAGAAACUCAGCUGUUCGAUCUGUUUGAAUCUACUGAAGGAUCCGGUGACUAUUCCCUGUGGACACAGCUACUGUAUGGACUGUAUUAAAGACUGCUGGGAUGGAGAGGAUCAGAACCAUAUCUACAGCUGUCCUCAGUGCAGACAGAUGUUCAGAUCGAGGCCUGAUCUGAAGAAAAGCACCGUUUUAGCAGAUUUAGUGGAGGAAGUGAAGAAGACCAGACUUGAAUCUGUUCCAGCUGAUCUCUGCUAUGCCGGACCUGGAGAUGUGUCCUGUGAUUUCUGCACUGGGAGGAAACUGAAAGCUGUCAAGUCCUGUCUGCAGUGUCUGGUCUCUUACUGUGACCAACACCUCCAGCCUCACUAUCAUGUUGCUGCAUUAAAGAAUCACAAGCUGGUGGACCCAUCCAAGAAGCUUCAGGAGAACAUCUGCUCUGGUCACAAUGAGGUGAUGAAGAUUUUCUGCCGCACUGAUCAGCAGUGUAUCUGUUAUCUGUGCUCCUUGGAUGAACAUAAAGGUCACGACAUAGUUUCAGCUGCAGGAGAAUGGAAGGACAAGCAACGAGUUGUUGGACUGAAUCAAGAGAAGAUCCAGCAGAGAAUCCAGGACAGAGAGAAAGAUGUGAGGAUGCUUCAGCAGGAGGUUGAGGUCAUCAAUCAGUCUGCUGACAAAGCUGUAGCCAACAGUGAGGAGACCUUCAAAGAUCUCAUCCGUCUGAUUGAGAAAAGAAACUCUGAUGUGAAGCAGCAGAUCAGAUCCAAGCAGACAGAUGAGGUGAGAAAAGUCAGAGAUCUUGAGGAGAAGUUGAAGCAGGAGCUUGUUGAGUUGAGAAGGAUCAGCUCUGAGCUGGAGCAGCUCUCACAAACAGAAGACCACAUCCAGUUUCUACAUGAUUAUCCCCUAAUGUCAAAUCUCUCUGAUUCUAAAGAGUCUCCCAGCAUCAGAACUGAUCCUGAACUAUGCUUUGAAGUUGUAACAGCAGCUGUGUCGGAGGCCAGAGAAAAACUACAGGACAUUCUUAGUGAGAAGUGGAUCUUAAAGAUGCAAGAAAGUCCACAAGGAGUACCCAAAACAAGAGAUGAGUUCCUGAAAUAUUCACGUCGCUUCACACUGGAAAAAAACAGAGCAAACGGAUUGAUUUCAUUGUCUCUUUUCAGCAGAAAGGCAAGAGUGGAGGAAACUUCAUCUUUCAGCAUGAUGAAGUUGAUGUUAGAGCUAGACAAUCAACAGCCAGGUGACAUCGACGAUCAUCAAGUCCAGAGUGCAGAGAGUUUGACUGGACGGUGUUACUGGGAGGUGGACUGGUCUGGGAACGCGGUUUCAGUCGCAGUCUCAUACACAAGCAGAAAUAUGUUGUUCAAAAGUGGAUUUGGGACCAAUGCCACAUCCUGGGCCUUGUACUGUGUGAACAAUCGCUUUGAGUUCAGACACAACAGCAUCAUAACUCCCAUCUCAGGUCCUCGGUCCUCCAGAAUCGGAGUCUAUCUGGAUCACAGUGCAGGUAUUCUGUCCUUCUACAGAGUCUCUGACACCAUGACUUUGAUCCACAGAGUCCAGACCACAUUCACUCAGCCUCUCUAUGCUGGGUUUUUGGUUGGUUAUGGAUGUACAGUUCAGGUCCUGUAGGCAGGAAUUAACAGCUGAUGAUGUUUUCUACGGAAAAAGUUUUAUUUGUCUCUGUUGUUUUUACUAUUGUGAUGUUUCUGCAACACUUUGUACAAUGGAAUAAUCAUUUAGAUCUUGCAAAAUCACCAAUGUGGGGAAGAUUAUUUGCAUAUUUUGGUCUUACAUGGUCCUAAAAAGUUUUCUAGACAGAAUAAUCAAUGUAAAUUUACUAUCUUGUGCUUCUUUUAGCAUAAAAUGUCACCAUAGGAAUGUGUGUUUUGGAGAAAAGUACAAAGCAGACGUGAAAAAACCCCAACCUGCACCGACUCAGUUAUGACACAUUAUAGUUUAAAUCAAAUCAAAUAAUGCACAUGUGGUUAAAAUUUCAUUAAAGUACAAUUUGGACUAAUCAGAAGUAAAUUUGUAAACUGUAAAUUUGAAAUAAUUUCCGGACCAUGACAAGUUGUUUUGAUCAUAAAGUAAAAUACUGGAUUGUUCAUUGUUCUUUUGUCAUUUUGUAAUAUUUUGUCUUGUUUUUGUCUUUUUUGUUAGUCAUUUUAGUCAUUUUGUUUCUUGUUUGUUAUUUUUUGUCUCAUGUUUUUGUUAUUCUGUACAUCGUUUUUGUCAUUUUGUUUUUAUUUUUGUCUCGGUUGUGUUUUUUGUCUAUUUUUUUGUCAUUUUGUUCCUUUUUUUGUCAUUUUUUGUCCUGUUCUUGUCCAUUUUUUGUCGUUUUAUAACUUUUCUGUGUGAUUUUUGUCUCUUUUUUGUUUUAUUUCAUGUCGUUUGUCUAAUUUUUUUGUCAUUUUGUGUCUCAUUUUUGUAAUACUUUGCCUUUUUUUGCACCUUUUGUGUAUAAUUUCCUCAUUUCAGGGCUUGUUUGGGUUCACCGGUGAGACAUCUCAGGUGUGUUUAAUUACUUUAAUUGUCACUUCAAGAGUGUAGAGUUACAUGUAAGACACUAUAAGAUGCGAUGGGAUUAUUUUCAUGUACAAAAUGUUAAAUGAGAGGAACUUUGAGGAUCUAAAUGAAAAUACCGUUGUCAAAAACAUGAUGUAACAGACAUAAACUGAAAUGAGUGGGUUGAACAGAUAGAAAUGAAUGUUCUUGUACAUCAUUUCAUGCAUAGUUACAGAUGUGUUUCCUUCUGUUUAUUUACCACAUAUUUGUGUUUAUAUCCAUCCUGAUGGAGGUUUAUAAAUGUCUGUGCCGUCUGAUGAAUAAAGCAUUUCUGUUUGCAGCCUCUAGGCGUCGCUCUAUGAUCA